AUGUCAUCCUUCGAUCCGGGAACUUCAGUAUCAUUUAUGAUGAGUAGUAUGCUUUCUGGAGAACACAUUCUAAAACAAUUAACCAAGGAAAUGGAUAGUACUAAGUUAAGGAUAUUUUUCGACGUUGAUUCGACAGUAUCGUGGAUUAAUAAUCACGGUUACCGUAGAGUUGCCUUGCAGUUCCCCGAUUAUAUCCUUUCUUUCUCUGCUGAAAUCGCUACUGUCUUAGAGAAAGAAUGCAACGGUAAUGCAAAAACAUAUAUUUUAGCAGACACAACGUAUCGAAGCUGUUGUGUAGAUUUGAUAGCAGCAGAGCAGUGUGGUGCUGACUGCAUCGUUCAUUACGGUGAUUCAUGUAUGAGUGAGAUCGUUAGUCGCAUUCCUACUCGAUUUGUUUUUGGUGAUAUGAGUAUCGAAUGGGGAAAGUUAGAGAAAGCUGUGUAUGAAUAUAAAGACAAAUUUGAACCAAACUGUUGCCUUUUGUUUGAUGCAAUUUAUGCAAGCAGCUCAGAUACUCUGUUUGACUUGUUGAGCAAAGUCCCCGGUGUCGAAUCUUUAUUCAACUGCAAACUUCUCUAUCGAUCCAAUAAUUAUAAUUAUAAUCAACCUUCUACUUCCACAAAUAUGAAUUGUUGCUUAGGACGUGUGUCACCGAAAGGAAAACAAAACAAGACACUUUUAUUUAUCGGUGAAACAAACAGUCCAUUGUUGUCUCUUUGGCUGAUGACUAAUUUAAACUGCAUCAAUGUUUUUACAUUUUCUCCUAUCACGCUAAAGCACUCAUUUGAGAGAACUCCAGCUACUCGGCUCCUAAAAAAACGAUUAUUUCUAAUCGAAAAAUUACGAAAUGCUCAAACUGUUGGUCUUGUGAUUAAUACAUUAGAUCUGAUUGGAUAUAGAGAAGCUCUUGAACGGACCAGGAAACUAUGUAAAGUUGCAGGGAAAAAGAGUUAUACUCUAGCAGUCGGCAAGAUCAAUGUUGCAAAACUUUCCAACUUUGCUAAUGAUAUCGAAGUAUUUAUUGUUCUAUCUUGCCCGUAUGGCAUUAUCUUGGACGUCUCUGACUUUUAUCGUCCAGUUUUGAGUCUUUUCGAAGCAGAAGCCGCAUUGAAUCCUCAAUGUAGGUGGUUAGCUGGUGAUGGAUGGACAGCAGAAUUCAGACAUUUCCUGAAUGAUGAAAUAGGCAGUGAAGCUGAAAUCAGUUCGGAUUUCAGCUUAAUCACAGGUAAAAUGCGCAUUACGGGCGUCAGAGGUAAUGUAAACGGUGAUAUAAAUUCAUGUAACGCCCUAUCUGCUUAUACAGCCGGUGAUUACUUUUCUGAAAGAACUUGGAAAGGACUUGAUGAUAGGUACGCUGGUGAAAGUGUUGCUGUGCAAGAGGGCCGAUCAGGUAUCGCUGCGAAGUAUAACUCUGAGUCAUUUACAUGA